AUGUAUUAACUUGGCAUUUCAAGAUUUCGACGCGUGCUUACGUCUUGUGUGCACUGUGUAUUGUCUAUACCCAAGUUAUUUUAAAAUUUAACGAUAUUUGGUUGUUAAGAGCUUUGAACAAUUAUAUAUUGGAAUAAGAUAACUCCUUUUCUUUAAACCAUGGCAGCUCGUCCGAACAAAUCAUCAUUUUACGCUAAAAAGAAGUACAAUUUUAAGGACAAUCGUAAUAAACUUCAGCCAGACAUGAAAGGAUUCUUGUGUACGUGUAAUUAUGGCGAAAAAGACUGUCAGAAAGAAGCGAUAAAUUUGUUAAGAGAAUACAGUGAAGAAAAAGAGAAACCAUCUGAAGAUAUCUCUAGCAAUGUAGAAGAAUCCACAGAUAUUAUGGACUCAUUAGAUACUGAAUUGGAAAGUUUGUCCAAGAAAGAUAAUGUUGAUUGGAAUAAAUUUAGCCCGUCUGUUACAGGUGUUGGAAACUGUCUUUUUAUUAGCACCACUGUUGAAGAUCCUUGUGACCUUAUGUAUAAAAUACUCGAAGACUUAGAAAAAACCAAAGUGCAAAAGACAAAAUUUCUUUUACGCAUGCUUCCAAUUUCAGUUACUUGCAAAGCAAAUUUAGUAUCCAUAAGUUCAGCCUGUACAAAUCUAUUACCAAAGUAUUUUUCUACGGAACCAACAACAUUUGCAAUUAUGUUCAACCAUAGAUAUAACAAUUCAGUGAAGCGUGAUGAAGUGAUCAAGGAAUUGGCCAACCAAGUGGUUAGUUUUGGACAACAUACAGUGGAUUUAUCUGGUGGAGCUAAAAUGACUAUUAUUGUUGAGGUAGUGAAAUCUGUCUGUUGUUUGUCAGUAGUUAGAGAUUAUGGUCGCUUCUGCAAGUUUAAUCUACUCUCUGUCUGUGGUCGACCUGAAAAAAGAACAGCAGAAGGUGAAAACGGUGAUGGUGACAAUAGUUCUUCACCUAAAGUUAAAAAACAAGAAGAAAAUGAAGAUGAAAAUUGUGAAGAGGAAAACACGGAAAGUAAACUUGAGGAAGAAAUUACUGAAAUAUCUGAAAAUUAAAUAAGCUAUCAUUUAUGUUUGUAUACUUAUUGAAAGGUGUCAAUAAGAUAUUUUUGUCUAUUUAUUUCAAAUUUCAUUUUGUGCAGUUAAAUAGUAUUUUCAGAAACUAAAAAGUAAACAAAUUAAUUAAUAUUAAAAAUUUAAAGUAUUUAAGUAAAACAUUAUUAUUUAAAAAGUUAUUUUCAGUAAAUAUAUUCAUUUUAUUUUAA